UGUCCCUUUACCGCUCCACCCCCCUCCAGCGCCGCGACGCUCUCCCGGAUCUGCAGCCCGCGGCCAGCGGCGGCACCGGCAGCGUUUCGGUGCGGGGCAGCGACAAAAUGAUCCCGGAGCUGCAAAAGAGCACAGUCCGUAUUCGGGAACCGGAUCGUGUCAGAGAAAUCAUCUCCUCCCUCCGCGAAGGGGGUACUGCCAAGUUACAGGUCAUCACGGACUUCGACAUGACCUUGACUCGAUUCACCCGAAACGGGAAAAGGAAUCCGACUUGCCACCUUAUUAUUGACAACAAAAAGCUGAUUACCGAGGACUGCAGCAAGAAGAUGAAGGACUUAGUGAACAUUUACUACCCGAUUGAGAUCGACCCCUCCCGCAGCAUCGAGGAGAAGCUGCCGUUGAUGGUCCAGUGGUGGACCACGACCCACAACCUGCUGGUGGAACAGAAGAUCAGGAAGGAAAAGCUGCUGGAGAUUGUGCGGGAGUCGGGCGUAGAGCUGAGGGAAGGGUACGAGAUCUUCUUCCAACAACUCCACAAGUGCAAAGUCCCCGUCUUCAUUUUCUCCGCCGGCCUGGGCGACGUCCUGGAGGAAAUAAUUCGGCAGGCUGACAUCUACUACCAGAACGUCACCGUGGUUUCUAAUUUCAUGGACUUCGAUGACAGCGGCUACCUGAGAGGCUUCAAAGGCGAUCUGAUCCACAUUUACAACAAAGGAGGAGCAGUCCUGCAGGACACCGACUACUUCCGGCACCGGACGGGCUGCAGCAACAUCAUCCUCCUCGGGGACUCGCUCGGGGACCUCCGAAUGUCGGAAGGGGUCCAGAAUCUGGAGAAUAUCCUGAGAAUCGGGUUCUUGAAUAACCAGGUCGAUCAGUUCCUGGAGAAAUACAUGGCCUCCUUUGACAUCGUCCUGGUGAACGACGAGACACUGGAGGUGGUGAACGCAAUUCUGGAUCACGUCCUGCAGCCCGCCCCAUCCCUGCAUGCAGGCGGGGAGAGCUAGAGACGCACGCUCAGGAGGCAAGAGCUUCCCUCUGCUAACCCGGGCUUGGCGAGACGUCCGGCGGUUUCAUCCGAGGAAGCCGCCGCUCCCCUGCGCAGAAACGCGGGACACACAAAAUGCUGGAGGGAGAGAUCAACAGGUCAGGCGGCGCCUAUGGAGAGGACGAAACGGUCGACGUUUUGAACCAAGAACAUUCAUCACCAGGAGUCCUCCAGCAUUUUGUGUUUUACAGUGGGAUUAAUUUUCCCAUAGGGAGGGGUUAGGAUAAACAUAUUCUGCAGACGCUGGAAACCCACAACAAACCGCACACACACGCAAAAUGCUGGAGAAUCUCGGCAGGUCAGGCAGUGUCUAUGGAGAGGAAUAACCAGUCGAUGCUUCUGACUGAGAGUCUUCAUCAGGACUGGAAAGGAAGUUUGG